AUGACGGCCACGACUGGAUUCCUCUCUGGACAUCCUCCCUCUCCUCCCCAAUCCACUGACGGGGCCACACCUGAGCCUCAUCAGAAUCCGUGCAUUGCCAUUCGGUACAGUCAACCCGGCGUUGUUGAUUCUGCUGCGUUCCACGGAAACGGUGUAGCUGACGAGGCCAUUUACGGUAGUAGUUCCCAAUCAUCUAUGGUGAGCACCAGAUCUCUUCCUCUUCAGGAUUUCGCAGUUUCUAACCGGACCCAGGAUUAUCACAACUCCCCUUUUUCGCAUACCAUGCCGCUGCCUUCGACUCAAAUGAUCCCGAAUGGCGUCCAGGUGGAAACACCACCCCCUACCUCGGACGACGACUUCCUCCGCGGCAGUCCUUCUUCUCCAUCACAGUGGCUUUCGCCUCCGGGCCAAUCGAGGCCCCACCCAAAGGCGAAGCUCAGAAAGGCUCCUAGAUCCCCUCGUAGGAGUGGGAAGCAGAGGAAGAUUGACUACCCUGGGAUGCCGGGUCCGCUGAGCGAAUUGACCAAGCACAUGGCCGGGGUGCCGGUCAAAGACAUGGAAGAGUGGGUACACCGACCGAUCGAAGUCCGUCAACAAGUAGCCAAAGAGAAGGGCAAGAUCGCCCGUCCCAUGAACUCAUUCAUGCUCUAUCGGUCGGCCUAUGCCGAUCGGGCCAAGUCAUGGUUCGCCCAAAGCAACCAUCAGGUUGUCUCAAAGACGGCAGGAGAAAGCUGGAGACUUGAGUCGCCUGAAGUCCGCAAGAAGUAUGAGGUUCUGGCGAAGAUUGAGAAGAUCAACCACGAGAGAGCCCACCCGGGAUACCGUUUCACACCCGAAAAGGACAAAAAGAAGCGGGACAAAACUCCGGACAAGUCCAUCGAAGGCCCGUUACAGUCUAGUCCCUUCUCGAGCCAUACCGCUCGAUCUAUCAGCUCAGACCUAGGCAGCGGUUGGGAUAGCCGUGGCUCGACCCCGUUUAGUUUCGUUGAACAUGGUCUACCCGCAGGGGGGUAUCUCAAUUCUUCCUGGCACUCCAGCAAAUCCGGAAGACCAGCUCCUGGCAUGAUGUCCUCUCCCGAGCCCCCCCAAUUUAUGCAACAGACUGUUCAUCCCAGUCUGAUGGGCUCUCACGUCGAAGAUGUCCGAUUUAGGAGGGUGGGCUUGCAGGAUGUCCAGUACACUACAUCCACUGCCUUGGCGGGAUUGCCAGGGGCAGCCCACCAUGAGCUUCUUCAGCCGCAGACGGCUCCCGGGGCCGGACCCGACGGACAGCUAGACCCCCAGUUGCUAGGACUCCCAGGUGAUGCUUCAAAUGGUGGUGCCUACGGCAACAUUCAUUAUCCGGCGUGGCAUGAAACGGCCGCGAACAACUUGUAUCUUCCCACAACACUCUCUCCCACCUCGAUGACUUACCCCGCCGGGUCAGCAUACCAGCCGGGUUCAUACCAGUCAGGACCGGUCUACCAUACGGGGUCGCCGGCUGGGAUGGAUGGUCGCGACGCAUGGGACCCGACCCAUGAUGGAUCCAUGGAAACCGGCGGUGAAUUUGACAAUUGGAUUAACUCCCAUCAGCCAGGAUACUAG